AUGUUCCGGGAAAUGCGGGGAGGUGGCGGCGGCCCCCGAAGGCCGUUUGGUUCAAAUGCAGCCACUCCCACCGGCCGGGUUCGGGACGCCGUGGGGGUCUGCCUCCGGCGCUCGGCGGGCUCGGGUUCCUUUCUAAAGGCGAGAGACCCCCCACCGGCCCUGCCUCACCUCACGCGCGCGGCCUUCGCGGAAGCGGCGCGGAGCCGGGUGAGGGCCGGGUCCGCGGACCGCAGGUGUGGACUCGGGCAGCGCCGGCCUCCCCCAGGCCCGCCGUCGGCCGGUCCAGCGCCCAGGUCUCCAUGGCAGCCGGGGCGGGGGCGGGGUGGGGUGGGGUCUGCGUCGCACGCGGGCGAUUCCCGCGGGACUUGGUGCCUGCGGCCAGGCGACCCCGACGUCGGCCCUUCCUCGAAGCUCGACGUCUCCUCGCGCGCUUGGCCCGCGCCGCCCCCCGCAAUGCUUGCUCUUGGCUUUGUUCCGAAACGCUUAGAGGAUGAGGACUUGCAUUGAACGAGGUUUAAAAGCAAUACAGAUGUAUGUGUGGUUAUCAAUCCGUGGAAAUCAAAGAACACCGGGUA